AUGUCAGAAGCACCUGGCGCCCUCCAAUCUGCCAACGAUUCCAUCGAUCCAUUUUCGCGAGACUAUGCCCACGCGCUCGAUGCCACGGACCCGCUGGCUCAUUUUCGAUCAGAAUUUCACAUUCCGACUCGGGCAGAUCUGAAGAGGCCGACCCUGGUCAAGUCGCCUGAAGAAGAGCCCUCUCAGCCUUGCACAUACCUGUGCGGCAACUCCCUUGGUCUUCAGCCCGUCAGGACGGCAAACCUGGUCAACUCCUUCCUCACACAAUGGCGGACAAAAGGAGUGUUGGGGCAUUUCGUCGAACAUUCUGACUCCUCUUUACAGCCAUUCUUGCACAUCGAUGACCAUGCCGCGAAACUCAUGGCUCCGAUUGUGGGAGCGGUCGAGUCGGAAGUCGCCGUCAUGGGUUCCUUGACGGCAAACUUGCAUCUCCUAAUGUCGAGUUUCUACCGUCCCAGCAAAAAGGGCCAAGGGAAAUGGAAGAUUCUCCUCGAGGGCAAGGCCUUUCCCAGUGAUCAUUAUGCAGUCGAAUCGCAAAUCAUCCACCAUGAUCUGGAUCCUGGAGAAGCAAUGGUUUUGUUGGAACCCAUCGAUGCCAAAUUUCCCAUCUUGUCUACCGAACAAAUCCUUCAAACCAUCGACACCCACGCCUCAGAGCUCGCCUUAAUCCUCCUACCAGGCAUCCAAUUCUACACUGGUCAAUAUUUCGACAUCCCUCGCAUCACAGCCCAUGCUCACUCGCACGGCAUAUUGAUUGGCUGGGACCUGGCUCAUGCCGCUGGCAAUGUUGACCUCAAGCUGCAUGAUUGGAAUGUCGAUUUCGCAGCUUGGUGCAGCUAUAAAUAUCUCAACUCUGGUCCGGGAGCAAUGGCCGGUAUCUUUAUCAAUGAGAAGUUCGGGAAAGUUGAUAUGGAAAGCCCAACACACAAGUUCUGGCCCCGCUUGACUGGCUGGUGGGGAGAUGAUAAAUCCAGCAGAUUCCAAAUGACGAACAAAUUUGUCCCUCGACCCGGUGCCGCGGGUUACCAGCUGUCGAAUCCGAGCGGGCUCGAUCUUGCCGCAGUCAUUGCCUCAUUGCAAAUAUUCAACGAAACGUCGAUGAGGGAGCUACGGGAGAAAUCUCUGCGCUUAACCAACUACUUGGAGCAGCUCUUGGACGCCAUCAAGUUGAGAAACCCGCGGAAAUUCGACAUCAUCACUGCUAGAAAUCCGCAAGAACGAGGCGCCCAGCUGAGCAUUCGGUUGGCACCUGGUUUGCUUGAUGCUGUCCUGGAGCAUCUAGAAUGUGAAGGCGUCAUUGUCGAUGAGAGGAAACCAGAUGUCAUCAGAGUUGCUCCGGCACCCUUGUACAACUCCUUCGCUGAUGUCUUCCACUUCUACCAGGUUCUGGAAGGAGCUUUGGGCGAGGAGGCACCGUCCACCGAGAGGCCACGCCAAGCGUCAGAAGGGUAG